AUAAACUAAUUGGCCACUACUAGUAAUAAACCUCAUAUUUGUUGCUUUUUCGCUUAAACCCCUGUGUGACUUCUCAUUCUCUCGAUUCUUCCGACGCAUCCCGUGAAUCAUCUGUUACCAUGUCGUCUCUUGGACUUCCUACCCAAUGUAUGUUUGGUAGUGCACCCCAAAAGUCAACCCGUCCAGUGGCUAAUGCUAUUCUAAAGCCACCAUUCUGUCUUCCGUCGGUAAAAAGCAUCAGAAAAUCCUUUGGGUUAAAUACUAGUUCUUUCAGCACAACCGCCAUGGCUACAUACAAGGUCAAGCUCAUUGGACCAAACGGUGAAGAGAAUGAGUUUGAUGCACCUGAUGAUUCCUACAUUCUUGACUCAGCCGAGAGUGCUGGGAUUGAACUCCCAUAUUCGUGCAGGGCUGGUGCAUGUUCCACCUGUGCUGGAAAGAUGGUUGCAGGUUCUGUUGACCAAUCUGACGGAUCGUUCCUUGAUGAUAACCAAAUGAAGGAAGGUUACGUGUUGACUUGUGUUUCUUACCCGACUUCAGAUUGUGUGAUUCAUACUCACAAAGAAGGGGAUCUUUAUUGAGUUUGGCUUUGUUGUCUAGAUUUGAAAUUGUGUUUUUUGUUUUGAUCACCAGAAGUUAGCUUGUGCCAUACUGCCAUUUACAAUACUAGUGAACUUUCAAGAAAAUAAAAUUUCUUGUUUAUUGAUGGAUAAA